GAAGUUUUCCAAAACUUUUUUUUCCCCUGAAAGGAUUGUGGAAGAAGUUCCGUUAGAGUUUCAGAAGAAGUGGAUCCGACCAGAAGAAAAAGCAGAAAACAGCAGAGGAGAUAACGGUGUCCAAGAGUUCAUCUGUUCCUCUCCUCACAUGAGAGCCUGGACUAAAGGACGCGUGUUGUGUGUUUGAGUUAUUCUGCUCCUUCCCAGAGACUGAGAGGACUUACACCAUCAGAGGCGAUGAGAUGUGACUGAGCUAUGCCUUGUGGAAAUGGACAGACUUUAUCCAAGCGAAAACAUGGCGUCUGCGUCCCGAGGUUCAGCUUCUUCUCCAGUCUGCUUGUGGCGCUGUGCUGCCUGGAGGCGUGGUGCUCCGGGCCGCAGGAGGACGGCGGCAGGAGCUGCAGCCCGUGUCCGGUCAACUGCAGCUGCGCGCCGGCGGAGACACCACCGGCCUGCGUCGUCAACUGCUCCAACCUCGGGCUGGAGAGGGCCCCGGCAGCGGCAGACCUACCGCAGGCCACCGGCGUGCUAGAUCUUUCCAAGAACCACAUCUCCUCCCUUGAUACCAGCCUGCUAGAUCGCCUCACUGGCCUCCGAGAGCUGUAUCUUCAAGGGAACAGGAUCAAUGUUCUUCCCAGAGGAGUAUUCUGCUGUGGGCCGCUGUCAAUCCUCGAUUUGAGUAACAAUCAAAUCACCACCAUAGAAGAAAGAAUAUGCGACAACCUCUGCAAUUUAACACAAAUUGACCUGAGCAGUAACCCAUUUGAUUGUGACUGUAAGUUGUUCCGGCUGGUCAGCUGGCUGCAGGAGAAAGGGGUGCGAGUUCGACGGCCGGACGCCAUGAUCUGUAACCACCCUCCUGAGCUGCGCCACCAACCCCUGCUCAACAUCAGCCUGCUCACCUGUGGUCUCAACUAUGCAGCUUGUCUUGAGGACAGCAGCAGUGGAGGAGGGAGCGAGCUUGUUAUCUUCUCUUCCUCCACACCCGGAAACUUCACACGUGAACAGUGCAACAGUGUGUGUUUUGCUGCAUCACACCGCUACGGGGGCUUGGGGGAGAGCCACGAGUGCCUCUGCAGCACAAACUCCGAGCCGAACUUCAUCAGCGAAUCUCAGUGUUCUGCUGCCUGUACAAACCCCCAUGUUAUGAAGGGAUGUGGGUGGACUCUGGCUCAGGACGUGUUUGCGGUGGACUUCGCGGUCUCACUGAGACCUCUCCCACUGCAAAGUGUCCACGACCGCAUCAGUUUCUCCGCUGGGUCCUCUGUCACUCCGGUGACAAUGUCCUGGGACUUUGGUGACCUUUCGUCUCGGGUCAACACUACAGGAACAGAUGUCACCACAGCAACUCACAAAUACGGACUUCCGGGACGUUAUGCGGUCAGUUUGAUGGCCUGGGCUGGACUCAAGGAGGUACGUUCAGCACGCGGAGAAGUGACCGUGACACUUCCUCCCAAGCUGGAGCUGCGCUGUCCAACUCUUGCUGUGGCCAAUCAGAGCCUAGAGUUCACACUUGUGAGCUGGGGUGCUGUUGGAGUGGAGGUAGACUGGAAGAUCUCAAAGGAUGGUGUCCAAGUUGCCAAAGCCUCCCCUUACUGCCCAAAGGAAGGGGAGUACCACGGUGAGUCCUCACGCUGUUUCCAGAUCGUUCCAGGGGAGUUGAGUUGGACAGACGCUCGACAGCAGUGUUCAGACCGCGGUGGGGAUCUGGCAAUAGUCAGGAGUGAGGCGCUGCGUAACCUGCUGGCGCCCAAAGUCACACAGGAGCGAGGUGUGUGGCUGGGCUUGAGUGACGUUGACUCUCCAGGCAAGCUGCGCUGGGCGAACGGCUCAGAGGCACAGGAGGGAGAGGAGGGCCCGCCGCCUCGUUCCCCAAUCUCCCGCGGAAACGUGUGCGUGUCCCUCGAUCAGCGCGCUCAGACCAGUUCACACCCAUGCAACGCCAAGCGGGCCUAUGUCUGCCAGUACAGCCCACAAGUGCGUGUUCCAGAUGCAGGGAUUUACACUGUAGGCCUGGCUGUGUUUCCCUCCCAUAAUCCUCUGCACCGCGCCUCGUCCGCUCCGCUCUCUACUCCACCACCUCCCAGCGGUGGCAUAGAGGUGCUGUUGUUCCCAGCUCUGAGCUUUGUUCAGGAAGGUCGUCUGUCUUCCCUAGAGUUUGUCACUCAGGAGCUCAGUUCACAAAUCCACGUUCGAUUCCAGACCUACAGACCUCACUGUCAUUAUCCCGGCCUGCACCUGCUGCUACCCAGUUGUGGAGGUCCAGCGUGUGCCCCGGUGGCUAUUUGUGUCCCCAAUGACACCAGGAGCGUCGAUCCGCCCUCCUGCCCCCGACUAGAGCAGUGGUGUCCCUUCCAGCGCCGGUGCCUUCCCCUCUCUAGUCCCUGCCAGCCAUCUUCCUGUCCGAACUGCACCCAGGCUCACCGCCUGCCCCCUGGGGCGCUGAGGCCCAGAUACAGCCUACAGAAUGAGGUGGUCUUCACUCUGCCUGCAGGACCGGCAGCACACGUACAGGUACAAGAACAACUGGAGGUCCUCCUGGUUUCCCGUGGUGAUGUCAUCGCCCUGCAGCACGAUGCCGGCCCCGCCUCCCUUCUCCGCUGCCAAUCUUCCCCACACUCACUGUGGCGACAACCUGUCUUAGCCCUCAACCAAUCAGAGUGGUUCUGGAUCAACAACACAGGACGGCCAGCGGACGACUCGGCUGACCACGAUGCCGACCCUCUGCCUGACCCGGAGCUUGACGUGAAGGCGCUGGUGGAGGAUGGUGAGGGUAGAUGGCUGGAGGAAGUAGUUUGCCCCGUCAGAGUGCUCUAUGCAGGACCCAGUGAGACUCGUCUGCAGGGAGAACAGCUGUCUGCAGGUCUACCCCAGCCCGGACUCUACAGCCUGCUGGUGACUUCAGCUGAGCCAUCAUACCCAGCCUCAGCAUCAUGCCCGUUGCGCGUGGUGCCUCCUCUGGGCUUGACGAUCCUCCACCCCUCUCCCCAGAAUGGCACUCUCUACCUGCAGCCCAACGACACCCAGCUGCUGCUCCGCGUUCGGUCUCGUUACCUAACAAAGGCCUCUCGACGUGGCAGUAACCACAGCGUGAUCUUCCAGCCCGACUGUCCCGAAGAGUUUUCUACCAGCCCAGGGCUCUGUCAGCCCGGGGUGAGCUCAGGGUCUGGGGUCGAGGCCGCAGAGCCCAGCCUGUACGCAGUGCUGGAUCUGAGCCUGGGGACGGAGGAGCAGAGGAGUCCGGUGCAGGUGGAGCUGGAGGCCCAUAAUAACGUGACGGAGGCCAGCCUGUCUGUGGUCGUCCGCCUGGAGGAGCCGCUCAGAGGCCUGAUGGUGCAGCCGCACCCUGCACACAGGGUGCUGAUGGAGUCGGUCGUGAGCUACACAGCAUCAGUGCUUGAAGGCUCCAAUCCCACAUUUAAAUGGACAGUGGAUGACAAGCCGUACUUCACCUAUUACAACACCGUCCUCAAUGUCAUCUACCAGCACGCUGCCGUCUACAAGCUCACGGUGACGGCCAUGAACCACGUCAGCACCCUCACAGAGCAUUUCAACGUGACCGUGGACCGGCUGCAGCCAAUGGCCAACCUCACAGUAAAGGGUGUGCCAGAUGUGGUCCCUCAGGGCUCCACUCAGACUCUCACCACCUCUGUGCUCGUCGACAUGUCUGUCGCUGCCACCUUCCGAUGGUCUUUCGGUGAUGGCGGAUAUAAGGAAUUUGAAUCCAAGCCUCCCCAUGCCGCCUCCCUCCUCUGCCCAGACUCCCCCAAUCAGGUCCUUUUAAGCAACAAUGUCACCUAUAUUUACUCUCAGCCAGGAAUAUACACAGCGCUGGUGUCAGUGUCCAAUCGCUAUGAGAACAUCAGUCAGAGCAUCAACAUGAGCGUCUACAGCAUCCUCACUCGCGUCGAUAUACAAACAGAGCCGAGACUACUCCUCACUGGCAAAUCAGCCGAUUUUGAGGCUCACCCUCUUCCCUCACCCUACGGCAUUCACUACGACUGGCACUUCGGAGAUGGUUCCGCUACGCUGCAAGGUCGCCGCGUGGCGCACACCUAUGCACAGAGUGGCGUCUUUAAUGUCUGUGUGUCGGUGAACAACACCAUCAGUUCUAUGGAGGCUUGCGCCGGGAUGUUUGUGUACGAGGAGAUUGAAGAUUUAACAGCAGAAAGCUCCUCUCCCACAGAGCUUCACAGUCCUACUACAGUAUCGGCACGCCUUGCAUCAGGUAAUAACAUCACAUGGACAUUCUCCAUGGGAGACGGGACCAUCUACACACCCUCCGAACCUCACGUGUCACACAGCUAUGUGAAAGAUGGCAACUACACAGUGAACGUGACGGCCGCCAACGCCGUGAGCUCCGGCUGGACAAUCCUGCCAGUGCAGGUGUUUGUCUUCCAAGUUGUGAGGAUGGAGCCGUCCGGGUGUGUCCAAGAGCGGACCUCCGUCAACUUUCAGGCCUGGGUGUCCGGAAACGCGUCGGCUCAUCUUUAUGAAUGGAGCUUCGGGGAUGGAAGCCCGAACGAGACACACCACGGUAACCCCAGAGUCUCGCACACCUACUGGACAAGUGGGAACUACCACCUCUCUCUGCUUCUUUCCAGCGGGGUAAACAAGGCCACUAAGGCCAACUUCUUCAACUGGGUGUGUGUGCAGCCAGCUUUAACCAACAUCAGCCUCACCCUUGAGAAAUCACACUAUGCCGUCGGGGAGGAGAUCCUGUUCGAGGCCAGAGCUGAGCCAGAAUUUAACUACAGCUAUCAGUGGGACUUUGGUUUAGGGGAAGACCUUGUGCCCAUCAGUGGUUCUGGGAAUAUCGUAUAUACUAAUACGUAUAUAAACCCAGGUCAUUACAAUGUGACAGUCACCGUCUUCAAUAACAUCUCCACCAGUAACACCAGUGUUGGGAUUGAUGUUUUGAUGCCCAUAGGUCCAAUUGUUAUUCAGCAUAACAGUACUAAUAAGUACAAUAACCUGACCCUUAGAGCACCGUACGCUUUCACAACAUCCUCCAUGGCUACCAAUGUGACUUACGUGUGGAACUUUGGAGAUGGAAAUGUGCUUACAGGCCAGAAUAUCCUCCACACCUACAACAUCUCUGGAUACUACAAUAUUACAUUGACCGCAGGCAACACAGUGAGCAGGAAUCACACUACUUUACCAGUUGCUGUGCUUGCACCAAUCCGCGGGUUGACCCUCAACUCCAGCUUGGUAAAUGUCCCUCUCAAUGCCUCAGUCCACUUUGAGGCUCAAAUGUUGGAGGGAGAUGGAGUCCGGUUCUCUUGGAUCUUGUGUGACCGCUGCUCCCCAAUCGCAGGGACCCACACCAUGUUCUACACCUUCCGCUCCAUUGCUACUUACAACAUCAUCGUGACGGCGGAGAACGACGUAGGAACGGCACAGGCGAGUAUCUUCCUGUAUGUCCAACGUGAGCUGGAGGGGCUGCAGAUUUUAGCAGAGGAGAUUGGAGGAGGCGGAGGCGGAGGCACGGCAUUGGACAGCUGCUGCUUUGCUACAAACCGUGGUGUCCACCUUCAAGCAGGAUUAAAGGAAGGAACCAACAUGACGUUCACUUGGAACGUUAUAAGAGAGCUAGACCCCCUCAGCUCAAGCUUCAACAUAAGCGGGAAGACAGUGGAGGUGAAUUUCUCCACACCAGGCCCAUGUGACAUCCUCCUCCGGGCAGCCAACCUCCUGGGCCAGCUGUCCGUCAACAGAACCAUCCACUUCCUGGAACCAGCCGGAGGGUUGGACCUGCAGAUCAGCAAUAACCCAGUUGCACUCAAUGCUCCAACUAACCUGACAGUACUGAGUGCUGAAGGCUCAGACCUGCAGUACCGUUGGUCUGUGAACGGGAACCCUCUGCAGUGGAACAAGCACUGGAAGACCCACACCUUCAUCAGUCCUGGCCUUAAGCUUGUUACUGUUGAGGUCUUCAAUGAAGUCAGCUCAGAGGUUCAGUCAAAGAUUGUCAGUGUCCAGGAAGUCAUUUCUGGACUAAGAUUCACAGCUACCAAUGUGACAGAGAAGGGUUACGUAGCAACAGGCGUCAGCGUCUCGCUCCAGGGGGAGGUACUGACAGGAACCAACGUGACGUGGACAUGGCCGUUGAAAGGAAGAACAGAAACGGGAAAUAAAACGUCUGUGAUUUUCCAGGAGGCGAAAACAGCCAUCGUUACUCUGAAUGCGACCAAUGACGUCAGCGGGCAAGUAGUUUCCAGAAAGUUCUUUGUUCAGGACAAGAUUCAGGGUUUGGAGCUGAGGGCAAGUAAAACCAUCGUAGCAAUCGAUGAGAAGGUGGAGUUCACCAUAUCUAUGGCAGCGGGCUCGGACGUUCGCCUCACCCUCAGCAUCAGCGCAGAUGCUACUGUUAUCCAUGAACCCAACCAGACCUACGUCCACAAAUUCAGCAGGGUGGAUACGUACAUGGUGAAUCUCACUGCUGUCAACCAGGUUAGUUCCAAGUGGCGGACCCUCCAGGUGGAGGUGAUGGAGCCGGUGCGUAAUCUUUCCAUCCUGGGAAGCUGUGUAGCAAUCCCUGUAGGUGUAAAGAGAACGUUUGUAGCCAACAUCCUGACGGGCAAGCCUGUUCAUUUCCUCUGGACUUUUGAUCUGCACCACCUCCACAAGAAGCCGCAUAUGGGCAAAGAGGUGUCCUACACGCCAGAAGAACCAGGUUUAUUGAUCAUCUACCUGAAGGCCUUCAACGCACUGCACGCUCAGAACGUCACCCAGCGUAUUAUAGUGCAGAACCGGCUGACCGCGGCCGUCCUGCAUGCAGCGCCUCUGGACACUUUCAUCAAUAAGACGGUGACCCUGAUGGCCUAUAUCACACCCAGAUCUAAUUCUGUGGAGUGCUUGUGGGACUUUGGCGACGGCUCUACUCCAGUUCACACAAACAGCACAUCUGUGGCUUAUGAGUACAGAUACCCAAGACACUACCGGGUCCAAGUGAACUGCAGUAACCUGGUGAGCUCGGUGUUGGCCCAUGUGGAGGUAAACAUCAGUGUAUUAGAGUGUGAAGAGCCAGAAGUGCAGGUGGUUCAAGCCCCCCGUCUGGCCAUCUGGCGCUACCAGCCCACUUUGGUGGAAGCCAGUGUUGACCUGAAAGGCUGCCUACGCUACGGAGCUCAGUAUCUCUGGCAGAUACUCUCGACACCCUCCUGUGAUAACGACAGAGACCUCCGUAUUCCUUCUGGGUUGGUGACUCAGCCCUCUCAGUCUGUGCUUGUCCCAGUAAUUCGCCUGCCGGUGGAGGUGGAUGUGCGGCGGCUACAGCUGUCGUUGCCUAAGAUGACUCUGGCAGCAGGGAACUACACCUUGGUGUUUUCUAUGUCCUAUGAAGGCGUGCCGCUAAGGAAGGCCGCCUGUCUGCAGCUCAGUGUCAUGGCUACCAGGCUGAUGCCCAUCAUAGAAGGGGGCACCUACAGGGUGUGGUCAAGGACGCAGGACCUGAAGCUCAGCGCGGUGCAGUCCUACGAUCCCAACAUGGACCCAGACUUCCAGUCACUACUCAACUACCACUGGGAGUGUCUAAGCACUUCAAAGGGCGCAGAGCACUGCUCCAGUCUGAACUUCGGCCUGGGCACCAGCGAUCCGGUGCUGGGAAUCUCCGGCUCUGAGCUGGAGGCGGCCGUCGAAUACACUUUCAGACUGACCAUCAGCAAAGACGGCAUGCCUCCAGAGUCCACCACACAGACUGUGCUCGUCCAGAGUGGGGAUAUUCCCAUGGUGUCUCUGGAGUGCGUUUCCUGUAAGGCCCAGUCCAUCUACGAGGUCAACACGAACUCCUAUGUCUACCUCAGAGGAACCUGCACAAACUGCCAAGGCUUUCAUCGUGGGCGCUGGAGUGCCAUGACGCUGGAUAACGAGACUCUGGUCCUAGACGUCUCAACCACCACCACAGGAAGUGACGGCAUGAAUCUGGUGUUGCGGCGGGGCACCUUGCGCCAGGGAUACUCCUAUAACUUCACCCUGCAUGUGACCGACGGCAGUCUGGAUGGCGACGGCGCCGCCUCCAUCACUCUGCACCACAACAUGCCCCCGGCUGGCGGGGAGUGUCACCUGAGAGUGGGAGGGGAAGCGGGAGUGGAGUACGGGGACGGAGACGGCGAAGGCUGGAGGAUACGCACACUGUUGGACCGGGUGCACUUCAACUGCUCAGGUUACAGUGACUUAGGGGUCUCAGAGACUCCUUUGCUCUACAGUUUACUGGUGACCCGCUGCAGAAAAGACUAUUGCGAGGACUUCUGUGUGUACAAAGGCAGCAGCCCUGAGCACUCGGCCUUCCUGCCCCCAGGCUUCAGCUCAGCCCGCCACCGUGUAGAUGUAUCCAUCAUGGUGGAGGACCACCAGGGAGCUGCCAUCAAGGCACUCAACAAGUCCAUCGAGGUUGUGCUGCCAGAUCCGCCGCCUGAGUACACCAGCCUUCCCCGUUGGCUGUCUGAGUUGACAGACAGCAAACUCAAAAAGCUGUUGGAGCAGGGAGACUCCCAGAGGGUCCGAGAGUUAUCGUUGGCUCUUAUUACAGUGCUGAAUGAGUAUGAGCAGACCAGGGCGUCGGCGCGGUUGUCCCGAAAUGAGCGUGGUUACCGAGUCAGAAUCCGCAGCAACAUCACCAGAGCGCUGACCGCUCUAGACCUGACCACUGUUAACGACAUCCAGCAGACCUCCGCUGCUUUGGCUCAGUGCACGGCGGGUCGAGAGUUCAUUUGUGAGGAGUGUCAGAACAGCACUCUGAACAAGCUGGAGUCCAUGCUUGAGAUACUGCAAACUGACACCAAGCAGGGCACCGUCACUCCUACUGAGAUAGCUGACAACAUCCUGAACAUCAUGGGUGACCUGAUCCAUCAGGUCGGCCAGUCAACAUCCCAGUCUUACCUCCAGCCUGCCUACCCGGAUUCCCCCUCAUCCCCCUCCAUCUCCACUAUUCCCUCCGGUGAGGAGCCAGGAGGCACCCCGCUAGACCCCUCUCCCUCCUCACUGGAGCCGCACCCUCUGCGAGUGGCGGCCAAGGCUUACAGCCUGUCGUCGGUGCUCAUGCGGAUCCUCAUGCACGCCCGUGUGCUCAACGAGGAGCCGCUUGUGCUGAAGGGAGCUGAGAUCGCCGCCACAGGGAAACUGGCGGACCCCCAAAGCCUGCUCUGCUACCAUGGAAACAACAGUCCAGAGUGCGAGCGGUUCUCCAUCCCCCGAGCAUUCAACUACAGUCUUGGCAGAGCUGCUGCAGGAAACAGCAUUAUGCAGCUACUGUUUCAGGUGGAGUCCAACCCCUUCCCCUUCAACUACGUGGCGAACUACACCGUCUCUACCGAGGUGGCUUCCAUGGAGUUCCGCACCCAAAAUGGCACCCAGAUUCCCAUCUCCGGACUGGACGACAGUCUAGCCAUCACUGUUGCUGUUAACAAUGGAAGUAGUGGAGCAGAAGAUGGUCCUGAGGGUUCUGGUGCCAGAGGGGUCCCCACAGCUGGAGCUGUUAACAUCAGCCACUGUGAUUCUGUCAUCGUCAGGGUCAGCACGGGAAAUACCAACCGACAGGCGGGGCUGUUUGUUCAGCUCAACUUCACCUCUCUGGAGGAUGCCAGGCAGAAGUAUAAAAGAGAAGAGGAUGUGGAGGAGCCAUACAUCACAGCCUACCUACAUUCACACGAAAGACCCAACGAGUUCAACUGCACAGAAAAGAAACGCAUCACGCUCAGUAUGACCAGGGGGAAAGAUCUCGAUCACAGGAAAUACACCUUCUUCCUGUCCCCAGAGUCGUACGACACCACUCUGGACUACUUUAUCAACGUGAGCACAGCCUGCAGCCCCAGAUCUCAGCCCGUGGGUGUUCAUCUGGAGGUCGGGGUGUUUGCCUCUCUGUGCCAGUACUUCAGUGAGAGUGAGAAGCAGUGGCGGACAGAUGGCAUGGUGCCCCUGGCAGAAACCAACGGCAGCAGAGCUUUUUGUCGCACCAGACACCUCACAGCCUUCGCUGCAGGCCUGUUUGUACCGGCCAACGCCAUCAGCUUUAAAAUUCCAGAGCGUUCUGGUGCACCGAGCCUGGUUGUGCUGUUGGUGUGUGUGUUAGGCUUACUAAGCUAUGUUGUGGCAGCAGCCAUCUUGCACAAAUUGGACCAGCUGGAUCUACGUCGGGCUGGUGUGGUCCCGCUCUGCGGACAAGACGGACUUUUCAAGUACGAGGUCCAGGUCAAGACUGGCUGGAGCCGAGGGGCAGGCACCACGGCUCAUGUGGGAAUCAGUUUGUAUGGGCGUGAGAGCCGCAGCGGACACCGCCAUCUCGACAGCAGAGGAGCUUUUACACGCAACGCUCUCGACAUCUUUCAUAUUGCCAUGGAUACCAGCCUGGGAAGUGUCUGGAAAAUACGAAUUUGGCAUGACAACAAGGGUCUGUCCCCAGCAUGGAUGCUGCAGUAUGUCUUGGUCAAAGACUUGCAGACAGGAAGCAGCUCUUACUUCCUGGUUGAGGAGUGGCUGUCGGUCGACAACGAGAGAACUGACGGACGGGUAGAGAUUGAGGUGGAGGCCUCAGGGGAGGCUGCGCUUCGUCAGCUGCCCCGCCGUCUGCGGUGUGAGCUACAGAGGGCGCUGUGUGAGAGUCACCUGUGGCUCUCGCUGUGGGAGAGACCCCCCCGCAGCCCGUUCACCCGCCUGCAGAGAGCCACAUGCUGCACUGUGUUACUGCAGCUCUUUGUAUUGGCCAACACACUGUGGUACAGCAUUGUGGUGGACAAGAGAUACAGCCCGCGGGCCGUGUCCAGGUUUUCUUCAUUAAAUGGAGAGACAGUGGCAGCAGGCGUUGUGAGCUGUCUGAUCGUCUACCCUCUCUACCUGCUCGUCUUCACGCUCUUUAGAAUGAGCCGCAGCAAGUGCGUGUCGGUGGAGCAGGUGCCCCCACAAGUGGAUCAGGAGUCGGUGGAGAUUGAUGACUUCCUGGACGACUCCAUGGCUGGAAGUUCUUUCCUCUUUUUUAACGGCGAGACCAACUCAGAAGAAACCAAUUUGGAUUUGCCUACUCCAUCAACCAGAAGUGGGGAGAGUUGGGACAUGGCAGAGGAGGAGUUGGAGGACAGGGAUUGGCCAGAGCUGUUGAGUGAUACGUCUGUGGUGGGAGGGGCGGGGCAUGGGGCCGGGCUGCCCAGGCUGAAGAGGGGUCAGGGGAGCAGGCACCUAGGUGUCGACAUGACCUUUAACCCUGACGACGAGGAGGGUAUGGACCAACGCAACAAACAUUUCACUUCCUCAGACGAGGAUCUGAUCAAACACAUCCUGGCAGACGGACAGAACUUCUUUCCUCAGGCAGACGAAAGUGAGAUGGCUGACCUGUCGAGCAUUUUCGGAGAUAAGACUGAAGUGAUUCUCCUCCAGAAGCUGAAUGAUCCUCUUCCUCUCGAAUGUGUGAGAAGAGACCCACCAAAAACUGCUUUCACCUCAAAUACAGGUGUGACAGAUGUGUGUCGUCCCAGGCGGUUUCCUCCCUGGUGUGGACGUGCCGCCAUGUGGGGCAGCUGGUCAGCGAUCGCUCUGGCCAAUGGCGUUUCGAUUUGGGCGGGUCACGGGUUCAGUCAAAGCGUGGCCAUGAUGUGGCUUAUCUCCUGUUUUGCCAGUUUCCUGUGUUCCUGCCUGCUGUUGGAGCCAAUUAAGGUGCUGUGUGAGGCAGUCUACUAUGCAGUGUUCGUGCUUCGUCUGCGUCCAGAGGAACAGGAUGUGCUGGUGGAGUUCCCCCGGGUGGAGAGAGUGGUCCAACGGGUCCCCAGGGUGAGACCUCCACAGGGCUUCGCUCUGUCUCAGGCUCGACACCAGGCCCGCAAGGUCCAUAUGCUGCACACCAUGCUGAAGAAUUUCCUGGUUUAUAUGUUUUUCCUGUUGGUGGUUUUGCUUCUCAACUACUCUGACUCGGCCAAAGACACACACAGCCUGAGACUGCGCACUGAGCUGCAACGAGCACUACACACUCCUGAGUAUCACAACAUCAGCAGCCGAGCUGAUGCUUUAAUGUGGCUGAAUGAGUCGCUGUUGCCACAGCUACUGGAUGAGUCUGCACUCUUGAGAGACACAGGAAGUGUGUUGCUCGGCACGCUGAGGCUCCGCCAAAUUCGUGACACACAGGUUGCCGGUGGUUCCCGAGCAGGAGACAGUAUCUGGGGAAAGGGCUGGGUUCCAUCUCUGGCUAAAGACGCUGAGAAUUUCACUGCUUUCGGAGCUAUCGAUACAGACAGGGCGUGGCGUGUUGGUCAGAUGAGGGUGUAUAACAGUGGAGAUGUGGUCCACCAGCUGAACAGAAGCCUGGAGGAGGCCUCUUCCUCACUACGGCAGCUGCAGCAGCUGCACUGGCUUGACUACAGGACCCGUGCUUUGUUUGUGGAGUUCUCGCUCUACAACAUCAACACAAACCUCCUGGCUGUCUUCUCCUUCCUGUUUGAGUUUCCAGUUUCUGAGCGUGCCCAGUCCAGCCCUGACCUCCUUGUCAUCACUCUGUGGCCAAUCACAGGCCUGGACCUGCAGCUCCUUCUCAUGAUGGUCCUCCUCGCCCUGGUGUUGUAUUUCCUGGUGCGGGGGAUCUUGGGUUUCCUCAGAGAAGGCUACGUGUACUUGCUGUCAACCUGGAGACUCCUGGGCAUCUGCAAACUGGCUCUGGCGGCGUCUGUGUGCGGGCUGCACCUGCGCCGCUGCACUAUGGCCACGCAGCAGUGGGCGUCGUACCUGAAACACCCGCGGGAUGCCUUCACAGAUUUCUACCCCCUGGCCAGACAGAGUCAGAUGUACACAGCCAUGUCUGCCUUGCUGCUGUUCAUACUGGUGCUCAAGGCGUCCCACCAGUUGCGGUUCCUCAGAGAGUGGGCCGUGUUUGGCAGAGCUCUGCGGCGCUCAGUCUGGGAGCUGCUGGGAGUCGCCCUGGCAUUACUGCUGUUGGUGCUGGCUUACUCACACACAGGACACCUGCUCUUCCACUCAGUAUUUGACGGCUACGGCAGUGUGAGCUCUGCCUGUCUGUCGUUGUUGGGCGCCGGCGGACGCGGUCUGCUAUCAUGGCGUCCCAGCUGGACGUUUAGCGGCCCCUCUAGCACCGUCUCCGCGCUGGUGUUCCAUGCGAGCUUCGCCAUAUUUCGGCUGGUGUUGCUAUGGUUGGUCACCUCUGUGUUGCUGAGGAACUAUCGGCGCGCACGAGCAGAGCUGUACCGUCCAGCUGUGGAUCUCCAAGACUACGAGAUGGUUGAGCUGUUUCUCAGGAGGCUCAAAAUGUGGAUGGGACUCAGCAGGGCCAAGGAGUUUCGUCAUAAGGUGCGUUUCGAGGGCAUGGAGCUUCCACCGUCCCGUUCGUCCUCCACCAGCGACUGUAAGUCCCUGUGCUUGCCACCGCUGGACGGUCCCGACUCCCCUCCCAGCCCAGACAGCGUCGACGCGGGCUCUGAGGCCUCGUGGCGCCCGGCCUCCUCCAGCCCUUGCAGCCUGACAGAAGCCCCGGGGAUCGGCCUGGGACUCGGGUUGGGUCUGGGUUUGGGGCUCGGCCCGGGAGUGGUGACGGGAAGCACCAGCUGGAGGGAGAGAGCGGAGACCGAAGCCUCGCUGAGGAGGCUCCUCCCUACCCUGGACGCCCUGCUGCAACAGCUUGACCGCGUCACCAUGGCGACCGAGGACCUGUACCACAUCGAGUGUAGACUGGAGCGAACCCAGAGGAAAAGGAGGCGCAGAGGGAGAGAGAGAGGAAGUGGUGGUGGUGGUGGUGGUGGUGUACAGGGAGGGAGGAGCGAGGCGGGACAGAGAGGAAAGGGCGAGGACAAGGACUCUGCUGGAUGGAGAGAACGAAAGAGUGGCAAAGAAAAACACAAAGGGAGCAAAAAGGGGAAAAAGACGGAUAAAAGUGACUGUGGAAACACUGCUGCCAACCCUAAAAAGACUCCAGUAGCCACACCUGUUCCCUUUUCAAAGCCCAGACCAGCCUCUGCCACUACACAUACGCCCGCUCCUCAAACAUCAGCCAAACCUUCAGUCAGUGCACCUCCACCUCCACCAGUCACAGAUAAACUAGCCUCUGACACCUCUUCUCUCCCCGUCUCAUCAGCAAACACUCGCCCUUCCCAUGUCCCGCCACCCAAAACACCCACUGCACCUCCGUGUACUCCUGCAACUACCCCUUCCUUGCCGCCUACGCCCAGCGGCCGGGACUGGGACCCCCCGACAGAGAGAGAGACUCUCCCCUCCUCCAGCCUGUUCAACCACCCAGCUCACACUACCACCAUUCCUACACGCAAGCGAAAACGCAAACCACCACCCCUCAAAAACAAAGUGCACCCCAACCUAGACAGGCAUGGCCCUGGACCUUCCAAAUCCUGAGGACUUUGGGUAGAGGGACAACCGGAAGCGAAAGGUAAAUGUUGGGUUAAAGACGAGAGGAGGACGGGGGCAGCAGGUUUUGCCCCCCCCCCCCCCCCCCCCCCCCCUCGGUGUCCCUCUCUAAACCCCGCCAGGAAUGGAGAAUGGCGGAUGGGAACGUAAUAGG